CAAACCACCAUCCAUCACUGAUAGCAUCCACCACCCCACGCCACCCCAAAACCACACGUCUUCACAAACAAUGCAGUGCGCCCCCAUGGCUUCGCGUGCGCUUCAGCGUCGACACAAAAGAUCAUUUCGGAAAUGAGAAGCGACUGGUUUCAUUUGUGCUUGGCACCCGCGUGCACGCGAACAGGCAAGACCGUCAAGCGUGCGUCAUGGGUGGUAUUUUUUGACCAUCAUGACUGACUGGUGACAAAAGAAACCAAUUUUGUGGAAGGAGAGAAUCAUGCCGGUCCGGAGGGGUCACGUGGCGCCACAGAACACAUUUCUUGGUGUCAUUAUUCGUAAAUUCGAGGGACAAAAUAAGAAAUUCAUUAUCGCCAAUGCUUGCGUGCAAAAUUGCGCCAUCAUCUACUGCAAUGACGGAUUCUGUGAGAUGACCGGUUUCUCUAGGCCUGAUGUCAUGCAGAAGUCUUGCACGUGUGAUUUCCUGCACGGCCAGUUCACCAGUCAGUAUGCCAUCACCCAAGUGGCCCAAGCCCUGCUGGGCUCAGAGGAACGCAAGGUGGAGAUCAUGUACCAACGGAAGGAUGGUUCAAAGUUCUUCUGUGCCACACACAUCAUCCCAGUUAAGAACGAAGAGGGUGUGGUCAUGAUGUUCAUUCUUAACUUUGAUAACAUUCUGGAUGUGGGCAGCAGUGACUCAGUGGAGAAGCUAUACCACGACUACCCUUCUAAAGCUGACCAGCGCAAAAGGAGAUUCUUCCAUUUUCGUUUGCCGGUUUUAUCACUUCUGGGCAUUAGCAAGCAGUCCCUGCCUCAGGAAGACCCUGAUGUGACAGUGGAGUCUCCUUGCCACAGCCUUGACUCAGUGGCAAUCUGCAAUGACAACCUCACGGAUGCCCGUGAGAGCUGGAGUCCCUCAAACCCCAAUGAUAGCAACACCCUCAUCACCCCAAGCUUCUGUUCCACACCUGUGUCUUGCCCACUGGACCACACAUCCCCCAAAAGUCCUUGGGAAAGAUUUUACCAAGAUCCUGCCGCUACCCAAACCUAUGACAAGAACCAGGUGGACACAGUGAUUGUUGCUCCAUCUAUCCCAGGCCUCACUCCAACUGCAUCUAGGGAGAGUGUAUGUAGUAUUCGAAGAGCCUCUUCCCUCUACAACAUUGAUGGUUUUAGAUCAAACUCCAAAAUGGGCUUCAGGGAUCGACAUUCCAAUGAAGGUCCUCUCAUCCAGAUAAAAUCAAGUCUGCUCUGCUCCACCUCUGACUCUAACCUAAGCAAGUACAGCACAAUCAACAAAAUUCCCCUCAUCACACUUAACUUCUCAGAGGCCAAUAUUGAGAAUAAGUGCCCCUCACCUUCUUCUUCUGAGAAAACCGUUAUUGCAUCCAAGGUCAAAGACCGCACGCACAAUGUCACGGACAAAGUCACACAGGUUCUUUCGCUUGGUGCUGAUGUGCUGCCCGAGUACAAACUCCAGUCGCAACGCAUGGACAAGUGUACUAUCCUUCACUACAGCCCCUUCAAAGCAGUGUGGGACUGGCUCAUUCUGCUAUUGGUCAUCUACACAGCCAUUUUCACACCUUACUCUGCAGCCUUCCUCCUUAACGACAUUGAGGAGCAGAAGAGACGUGAGUGCGGCUACUCCUGCUCGCCGCUUAAUGUGGUGGACUUGAUGGUGGACAUCAUGUUCAUCGUAGACAUCCUCAUAAACUUUCGGACCACGUAUGUUAACAACAAUGAGGAGGUGGUGAGCCACCCUGGCAAGAUAGCCAUUCAUUACUUUAAAGGCUGGUUCCUCAUAGACAUGGUAGCCGCUAUCCCAUUUGACCUGCUCAUCUUUGGAUCGGGAUCUGACGAGACCACCACUCUAAUUGGUCUAUUAAAGACAGCACGCCUUCUGCGUCUGGUACGCGUUGCACGCAAGCUGGACCGCUACUCCGAGUACGGCGCUGCUGUGCUAAUGCUGCUAAUGUGUAUUUUUGCACUAAUCGCUCAUUGGCUGGCCUGCAUCUGGUAUGCGAUCGGCAAUGUAGAGAAACCUUACUUGGAGCACAAGAUUGGCUGGCUGGACAACCUGGGCUUGUCCAUAGGAAAAAAAUACAAUUACAGUGACCCAAGCUCAGGGCCAUCCAUCAAAGACAAGUAUGUCACUGCACUGUACUUCACCUUCAGCAGUCUGACCAGCGUGGGCUUUGGCAACGUCUCCCCCAAUACCAACUCUGAGAAGAUUUUUUCUAUUUGUGUCAUGCUCAUCGGAUCUUUGAUGUAUGCCAGCAUCUUUGGAAAUGUGUCAGCUAUCAUCCAGAGGUUGUAUUCAAGUACGGCCCGUUAUCACCUCCAGAUGCUCCGUGUCAAAGAAUUCAUCCGUUUUCACCAAAUCCCAAACCCGCUUAGGCAGCGGCUUGAGGAGUACUUCCAGCAUGCUUGGACAUACACCAAUGGCAUUGACAUGAACAUGGUCCUGAAGGGUUUCCCAGAGUGCCUGCAGGCAGAUAUCUGCCUUCACCUCAACAAGAAUCUUCUACAGGGCUGUAAAGCGUUCCACGGCGCAACUAAAGGUUGCCUCCGGGCCCUGGCAAUGCGGUUCAAGACCACACACGCACCUCCUGGAGACACACUGGUUCACAGCGGGGACGUGAUCAGCAUGCUAUAUUUUGUCACACGUGGCUCCAUCGAGAUCCUCAAAGAAGAUAUUGUUGUUGCCAUCUUGGGCAAGAACGAUAUCUUUGGCGAAAUGAUCAACCUCUACGCCAAGCCAGGGAAAUCGUGCGCUGAUGUGCGGGUGCUGAGCUAUUGCGACCUGCACACCAUCCAAAGAGAGGAGCUCUUGGAGGUUCUGGACAUGUAUCCAGAAUUUGCUGACCAUUUUAUCACUAACCUGGAGCUGACCUUUGACCUCGGUGAUGAAAAUGCCAAGACGCCCUACCAACAAUACACCGAUUCCAACAUGGAUGCAACAGUGUGUCGAAGAAGAGUGUCAUGCAUAAGGAAAUCUUCCAAUGGCGGUCAACAAAAGGAGACACUGGCAACAUUCAGCAAGCAGCAAGAUUCUGCCACUAAAGGAAAUAAAGACGAGGAGGUACUUGAGGAGACAAACAGGAGGGAGGAGGAAGAGAAACACAAGUAUUGGUGUUCCAGCACGCUGGGCUACCCUGUGGUAAAAGACCAACGCUUUGGUGUUGGCCUCAGCAGUUCUGAAGAUGACACGCAUGCAAAAGAGCUCCUCCAAGACGACUGGACACAUACAGGCUUUAACAUUGAGGAAAAGCAAUCAUCGUUGUGCCAGGCAACUCCAGGUGAUCAGAAUGAAAGUGGUAUGACGUACCUCAGCUACAUGGAAGUGGAGCAAAGACUUGACAGGCUGCAACAGCACCUUGACAGGCUGGAAUCUCAGAUGACGGCCAACAUACAGGCCAUCCUCCAGCUCCUCCAGAGGCCAACUACAGCUUUUCCGCCUGCCUACAGUACCAUCCUGCCCAGAGGAUCAAAGGUUGACCAUCAGGUUGUAGCUGGCCAUUCAGAUGGCUCCCAGACUCGGUCCUUCGACACUUCCACCUCUGACCUGUGAGCCAGAAAAGGUUGUGCUCCACACACAGAUGCUGCAAAGUGUGAACACAGCUGGACUGAAGCAGACACUCCCACUGGGAAGCGUGUACUUUGUUGAAUGAUGCCAGCAUUCCCUGAGGUUGUCUUUCGAUUAACAGCCCUAGCUGCCCUAUGUCACCGGCAGCUCAUUACUGUUGGAACUCCAUUGACCCGUUUCUGACCUGCUAUUUCCUUAGUAGCCCUCCCCAACAAUCCCAAGACGGCCAAGGACAUUUUCUGCAGUUUGACUCAGGGUUGAAGAAGUUGAAUAUGCAAAGGAACAUAAAAUGACUUCCAUUAUUUUACACAAUAUCCCUUCCUAGUUGUAAUUUAGAUUUCUCAAGUUAAUUUAUAUACUACAGUAUAGAAUGCACAUGUACAGUAUAAUUACAAUCUAAGUGUAAUUCAAUUACAACACUGUCUGUGACAUAAGAUGGGCAUGUUUUUUUGUUUUUAAUUUUAUUUUUUUAAGAGUGUUUUUGGAGGUAAUGCUAGUAAAGUAGAAUAUGCUUUUCUAUUUGUCUUCCUCACAAGGAACAUCAGCUGAAAUUCCUUUAUGGGCAUAUUUGCUUAGCACUUUUUGAGGUUGACUGCACUUUUAAAAGUAUAAAGGUUGAAACUUGCCAAGGAAUUUGUUGUAUAUUUCAGUGUGCAUACUUGAUACCAUAUUGCCACAACAACUGUACAUUUACAGUACAAUCUUGAGGGGUUGCAUCCCAUAACACAAGCCUAAUGACAGCAAGAAUGUUGACUUGCUUUGUUGAUGGUCACUUAACAAGGUCUAGGAAUAUUCCCACAUCCAAUAACCACUAACAGUCUGCCAUUUCUUGACACUGUUAGAGCAAGGGCCAAAAAUUUCAAGUACGUUUAUAAUUGAAGCUGGAAUUGGUUUAACUAUAUAACACCACAGCAAUGUCAUAACAAGCAAGUGGGUUUAUGGAGACUGAAAAAGCAUCCUUUUCAAUUGCGUGAAUAUUUUAGGUCUUGCAUUCAUAGUUAUACAGUAUGCAAUGCUUCAGUUUUUACAAAUAAUCUGAAUGUUUAUGUUCUUUAAUGGAAUUUGACAAAUUGUACAAGUGCACUUGAAAAAUGCACAGUUGUAAAAAAAAAAAAAAACAAUAAACACAAUGCA